CGGCAAUACAUUAGAAUGAGGAUACAGUCUGCGCGCUUGACUCUCCUCUAACCCCGGCGGGUUUUCUGAAAGUCCAAUGCAGCUGUGAGGGUGAAUCGGCUGGUGAUGUUCCACAGAAAAAAGGUGCAUAUGCAUAGAGAUACUCGGGACUCGAUGCUAUCCAUGGAUGUGAUCGAAGGCCUGGCGAUGGGCUCACUCCGCCUUUCCAUAAGCUGAAAAAUAACAGGAAUGCCGUAGAUGAUUCCGGAUUUUCUUUUGAGGAAUGUUGGGCAUGAUCUUUGCACAGGUGAGGUUGCAGUAAUUAGAGUGCAAUCCAAUGACUUCAUCACCGUCGCCGCAAUCGCUCCAACGCAAACUCGGCAAAAUUGCGAAGACCAAGCUUUUUGAGCUUAUCUCGCAUUCGAGAGCUAGCACCACGUCUGGCCCUCUUUGAUGCGAAGAGAGACAUUUGGAACCAGGAAACUCUGCCAUUGACCGCAAUCCCCGUUCUGUGCAGCAGGUGAGGGGUCGCGAGACUCCCCGGUCUCCUCCGCCUUCUCCUCCACUCUCCCACGACCCAACCUCCCACAGAACGGCACUGCGUUGGAAGAUGCGAGUUAUCCGAAUACAAGGACUCUCACCAUCUUGAACCCGCCGAUCGAAGCAUCCACGACGCUCCGCCGCUGGUCUUGGCUUCCAGCUUCGAAAUCGGAACCUUGGCGUUCCCUUUCGAGCUGCCGGCCUGGAUUUCUGCCUACGUCGUCGAGAACGGUUCAUCACCUUGCAAAUAUCCAUCGAAGACGAAAUCCCUUGAUUCUGAUCCUUGACGCCUUGCAAAACGCUAUGAAUACUACAACCCCCUCUCCGAGCCCGGUCCCUGUGAACCCCUCCCCCAGUCAGAGUUCGCCCUCCGCAGGGACAAAGCGCAAGCGAAAUACUGGCAGCAGAUACUAUGCGGUCAAAGUGGGCUUUCAGCCUGGUAUAUACCAUGCGUGGAAUGACUGUCUCGCCCAGGUUACGGGAUACAAGGGCGCGGUUUUCCAGGCCUUUCCGACGUCUGAAGAAGCACAAGCCUUUCUAACGGGAUGCAGACUGCCGUCCGCGAGUGGUACUGCUGCGCUAGGGACGGAGCCUACAAGAUUCUACGGUAUCCAACGCGGGCAUGUACCUGGUGUCUACACAGACUGGUCCAAGGCGCAGGAGCAGAUCAAAGGCUUCGCUCGACCACGAUAUAAGAAAUUCUCCACGAGACAGGAAGCGGAAGAGUUUGUUAGGAUGGGCCAGCAGCAGGGGUCCGGUGCUGUGGGCUCCAAUACUGUGCAGAGACCGAUCUUUGGAGCUCCUGGCAUGACAACCCAGGCCCCUGCAGAUGAAAAUGGGACCCAACUAGAGCCUGGCACCGGACCUCUGCCUCCAGGUACGGAAGAUGGAUUUGACCCGAACGUGCUCUUGGAUCCUACGACGGGGAAGAUCGUGUACAAGACCCCUGCCCAGAAGGCUGCAACAAAGAUGAGACCAGUAGGACCGCCGGGUAUGUUACGUAUCUACACAGACGGGAGUGCGUUGAAGAAUGGUUCAACGGUGGCAGCGGCCGGUGUUGGAGUCUAUUUUGGACCAGAGGACAAGAGGAAUGUCUCCGAGCCUUUGAAAGGCAGCCGCCAAACUAAUCAACGGGCCGAGUUAACUGCUAUUCUCCGAGCCCUUGAUAUUGCGCCCCGCCAUCGCGACGUGACCAUUUUCACGGACAGUCGAUAUGCUAUUAAUUGCGUGACGGAUUGGUUUGUGAAAUGGCGUCGUAACCACUGGAUGACGUCGGACAACAAGCCCGUGGAGAACAAGGACCUGGUGGAAUCGAUCCUAGAGAAGAUCGAGGAACGGAAUGCAUUGAAGGUCAAAACGCUGUUCGAAUGGGUGAAGGGACACAAUCGAGACGAAGGUAACGACCAAGCGGAUCGCCUGGCGGUCUAUGGCGCGCGAAGGGGAGUCUCGGAAAGGAAAGAGGCCUCUGAACUGGUGCAGAAUAUUCCUGCGGAAGUAUUUGAAGAUGACGAUAUCUGAGCAGGUAACAUGGGCUUCUUUGCUUUGUAAAUUUCUCUGUGAUGAGUGAAGGUGGUGUUGUUUUACCAUUUGUUUGACAUGGGUUCUAUGCCGCAGGAUUGAAAUUGCAUCUCUUUGGGUAAGGCGUAUAGAGUGAGGAUCUCGAAAAAUGCACAAUUAAUAGUGCAGCACUAGAUUUUGUUGAAAUGUCAUUCUUAAAACA